CCCGGGAUCCCGAACAAUCAGCUCGAGCUGUUUGCGGAUGAUUUUGACAAUGCCAAGGAUUGGGUCAAGGAAAAUAUUAGCUCUCAUUUACAUGAUCGAGGCGUUAAGAUUAAGUAUGUCGCUGUGGGUAACGAGCCCUUCUUGAAGGCAUACAACGGCUCCUUCUUGAAGACAACCUUCCCGGCGUUACAGAACAUCCAAAAGGCUCUCAACGAAGCCGGGCUCGGAGACAAGAUCAAGGCUACCAUUCCCCAAAACGGCGACGUAUACGACUCCGGUUCCGCCGGCCCGUCCGCCGGCAAUUUCCGGUCUGACAUCAGGGACCUGAUGAUCAAGAUCUGCCGUUAUCUCCGAGACAACGACGCCCCCUUCCUCGUCAACAUUUACCCAUUCCUCAGCCUCUACCAGAACCCCGAUUUCCCGAUUGAGUUCGCCUUCUUCGACGGCGGAGCGAAGCCUGUCGUCGACAAAGGGGUGUCGUACACAAACAUGUUCGACGCGAAUCUGGACACGCUGAUGUGGUCCCUGAAGAAAGCCGGGUGCGAAAGCGUGAGAGUGAUUGUGGGUGAGAUCGGGUGGCCGACAGACGGCCACCCGAAAGCAAACGCCCAAUUGGUGGAGAAAUUCUACCGCGGAUUUCUCCAGAAAAUGGCGGCGAAGAAAGGGACGCCGCUGCAUCCGGGCCAGAUCGACGCCUACCUGUUCAGCCUCACGGACGAGAACAUGAAGAGCGUGGCGCCGGGCGAUUUCGAGCGGCACUGGGGGAUAUUCGGGUACGACGGGAAACCAAAAUUCCAGAUCGAUUUCUCCGGGCAAGGGCAGGAUAGGCUUCCGGUGGGGGCGAAGAACGUGCCGUACAUGCCGGCGCAGUGGUGCGUGUUCGACGGCGACGCCGAUGACCGGAGCGAGCUGGGACCGAACAUUCAGUACGCCUGCUCGCUCUCGGAUUGCACGGCGUUGAACGCCGGAUCGUCGUGCGAGAAUCUGGAUUCGAAGAACAAGGCUUCGUAUGCCUUCAAUAUGUACUACCAGAUGAACAGUCAGGAUGUAGAGGCUUGCGAUUUCCAGGGACUGGCCAAGAUUGUGAAGAAAAACGCGUCCACCAAUGACUGUCUGUUCCCCAUUGCUUUGGAGAGCGCCGCCGUGAGAAUCGGCGGAUUGGGGGUUCGGAUAGCCAUUCUUGCCGGGAUCUUCAUCUUCUUUGCACUUUCUUAAUAGGCCAGUCACUUAUCAGAUUACCCAGGUUGAUUUAUUGAUGGCACAAUGACAAAUUUAUGUAUGUAUGGCACUCCCUUCUGAUAGACAUAAAAAGAACCUCCGAUCCCGAGCCUGGGCGUGGCUGCGUGCUGCUCCCCUUCACGAUUGUUCUUUUGCCCAUCUUUUUGACCACUAGAAUUUUCAGUUAUAAGAGAUGCAACAUUUGAGUAAAUCUUACUAAGUACUCCUCAUUUCCGCUACGGUAUCACUACAGUACUGCUAUAGUAUCGCUAUAGUACUAAAAACCUCCUACUUUACAUAUAUUUUUCUUAAACUGUGUGAAAAA